AUGGCCAAAAAGCGCAAAGCACCCUCCUUCGCUCGAUCCGAAGAACUCCCCUUCACCACCAAUCCGGACAUCGAGGCGCAUGCCCCUUCGCGGAAACGCAUCACGACAUUCGAAGAUGUCGCCGACUCGGAUGAUGAGUUCCACCUUGGGCGCGAUGCGAUUUUGCUAGACGAGGGGCCGGAGGCGAAGAGGAGGCGGAAGGUGAUGGAGGAGGAGGCGUUUCUUGAGGAGGAGGGGGAGGAGGUUUUGGGGGUUGAGGAUGAGGAUGAUGAGGAAGAGGAGGAUGAGGAGGUGGAUGGUUCUGAUGGGAGUGGAGAUGAGCGCAGUGAGCAUGAGGAAGACGCCCUGGGUUGGAGCACUGCCAAGGACGAUAUCUAUGGUGCCGAUGAGAUUGAGACGGAAGAGCAGGCGUUGGAGGAAGAGGCGGAGGCGUUGCGGUUGCAGCGGAAGCAGUUGCAGGCUUUGACUGCUGCGGAUUAUGGCUUUGAUGAGGGAGAGUGGAAAGGGGAGGCGGACGAGGAAGAGGAGGAUGCUGAUGCUCGUGUGGUGACGGAGACUUUGCCGCAGCUGCAGGUUGGGAAGGACAUGCUGCCUGCGGAGCGAUUGAAGUUGCUGCAUUCCCGCUACCCGGAGUUUGAGCCGUUGAGCAACGAGCUGUUGCAGAUUCUCGCCGAGCAGAGAAUUCUGAGCAGAGACAUCGUGUGGUGGAGGAAGCAAUACACGGAAGACUCUGCGCCGAAUCUGACGGCGAAGAUCCGAGCGGCUUCUGCUUAUGCUGGGGCUUUGACGAUGUACUUUGCCCUUUUGACCUCCCCUGCAGCGGAGGGAGAUCCUCAUGCUACGGCUUUGUCUGCCGUACGACUGCGAGAUCACCCGGUCAUGGACGCGUUGGUACGUUGCAGAGAGCUAUGGUCCCGCGCAAAAGACCUGCCCAUCGAUGCCGAACCGGUUCAGACAAGCCGCCAAGUUUUGUCUGGCACUAACGACGAAGUCGUCUCGAAGAAGAAGUCGAAGAAGAAUAACAAGGCCGUCCCGGUCAAGAAAAGUCGAGCUGAGAAGCAUGCGGAAGCCACACGCAAAGCUGCAGAAGCACGAAAAGCCGAGCGGAUGGAGAAGGUCGAGGCCGAUCUAAUGGACCUGGACAGCUUGAUCAAAGGCUCUCGGAAGACCAGAUCUAAGCGACCAGCCAACGACGCAGAUUCAGACAUCGGAGACGAGACGCCACUGACAGCACAAGAGCUGGCCGAAAAAGCCAAGAAAAAGAAGAGUCUGCGCUUCUACACCUCGCAGAUCGCGCAAAAGGCCAACAAGCGUGGCGCCGCAGGACGAAACGCAGGUGGAGACGACGACAUCCCGCAUCGCGAACGUUUGAAGGACCGACAAGCGCGUCUGAACGCCGAAGCGGAGAAACGCGGGCAGCGCAACACUCAGCCCAGCGCCGCGGAUCUAGGCGGCGACAGCGAUGAGGAAGACGCGAAGCAAGCCCAAGCUAUUCGCGCGACCGCAGGCGGCGACGACGACGGCUACUACGACCUCAUCGCCUCUCGCACCGCGCGUCGCAAAGCGGACAAAGCAGCUCUCACCGCCGCACAGAAACAAGCGGCCGAGAGCGGCGGGCGCGUUGUGCCUGAGGAAAUCGUGGGCGUGGACGGCAAGCGGAAGAUCACGUACGCGAUUGAGAAGAACAAGGGCCUCACGCCGCAUCGGAAGAAGGAGGUGCGCAAUCCGCGGGUCAAGAAGAGGAAGAAGUAUGAUGAGAAGAAGAAGAAGUUGGCUUCGACGCGGGCUGUGUUUAAGGGUGGGGAGGGGAGGGGUGGAUAUGGGGGUGAGUUGACGGGGAUCAAGGGCGGGUUGGUGAGGAGUGUGAAGUUGUGA